AUGCACCAGCAAACCAAGUCGGAUAAGCCCACCUCCAAAGGAGGAUCGGCAUCGAUGAAGCAGCAGACCCAGGUGGCCCAAGAAUAUCCCAACCCAGCCUAUCACCAGGCCAAGAGGCAUGGCGUCUCUAGACCAGAAACGAGCAUCGUAAAUGAUCCACAUCAAUCGAAUUGUCUUUCGUUCAAAAAGACAAAGGACCGAACGAAUAUGGUUGCUGUAGAUCGUCCAUGGCUUAGGGGAAAGGAAGCCCAGCAGGCUAGGCUGUAUUCUUUCAGCAUGACGUUCGAUUCAUCUGUACAUGACCCAUCGCAGCGUUGGUACUAUGACGAUAUGGCUGAUCAGCCUUACAAUGCAAUAGGCGAAGUCGAAAUGCCUGCUCGAAACUCUGAUGAAAUACCGACCGGUGGAGAAAACGACAGCGUCUGGGUAUAUGAGCCUGCGACUAGCAGUAGCAUGGUCUGGUAUGGCAGUGUACAAUGA